AUGGACCACUCCAAUCACUUGUUCAGGUUCAAUGCCUCAAUGCUCCGUUUACCUAAAUCUGCUAAACUCAGAGCAUUUGGGGUGUACUUAUCCGGUGCUCUCUUCGCAAUUGGAUUCUGGUCCAUUAUCGACUCCGCUGUUUAUUCCAAAUCCGUGAAUGCAUCAGAUGUUCAUGUCACAUUUAUCGAUUGGAUCCCAUUCAUCUGCUCUACUCUGGGGAUGUUGAUUGUUAAUUCAAUUGAAAAAUCAAACUUGUUUCAAGACUCAAACACAACCAAUUUCAUGAGUGGAGGAAAUACCAAUGCUUGGGCCGCUCGGGUGAUUUUAUUCUUGGGAUUCUCGUUAUUGGCUGGCGGGUUAGCUGGUAGUUUCAUGGUAUUUAUAAUAAAAUACUUAUUGAAACACUACACGUUUCCUACUUUAGGUAUGGGUGUUUCCAAUAUUGUUUGUAAUGCAUGUAUCAUGUUGAGUUGUAUUGUCUUGUGGCUAUCACAAAACAUUGAAGAUGAAUAUAGUUAUAGUUUAGCUUUGUAA